ACCAACUGCAUCUGAUAUCUAUGAUGAAAUAUCAAGAUGGUAUUGGAUAUUAUAUUAUAAUAGUGCGAAAAAUAAAAAUGAAUUAACAAUAUUAAAAGCAUUCCAAUCUGCAGAUGCAAUUAUUCCAACACUAUCAACCGAGUUUUUUCCUAAAGAUAAACUUACAA